AUAAUAUAACACAUUCAAUCACAUAAUUUCAAUAUUAAGAUUUUUUUUAUCUUUUCAUCAACCACAUGCCAAUUUCAUUCCCAAAAUCCACCACCUACCCUUUUUCUCCUCUUUAAACCACUCCACCCUUUCCAUGCUAAUCACAUAACUAAGUCACACACAAAAACUCCAAAACACACUUCCCUCUUUCUCAAAAGUAAAAAAAAAAAAAAAAUGGUGGCGAAUCGGCGGUUCGAGCCGAUAUCAAGAUGCAGCCGCGACGGCCGGUCGGACCAAACCGUCGCGGCCGACUUAGAUGGCACUCUCCUCCGGUCCAACAGCCCAUUCCCUUACUUCAUGCUCGUGGCGUUGGAAGCGGGCAGCUUGAUCCGCGCCUUAACUCUCCUGGCAUCGGCCCCUUUCAUCUAUUUCGUGUACGUGUUCGUGUCCGAGUCCAUAGCCAUCGAGGCGCUCGUGUUCGUGGCCUUCGCGGGGCUGAAGGUCCGCGACAUCGAGCUCGUGGCGCGGUCCGUGCUCCCCAAGUUCUACGCGGAGGACGUGCGCCCUGACGCGUGGGAGGUGUUCAAUUCGUUCGGGAGGAGGUGUAUUGUGACGGCGAACCCGAGGAUCACGGUGGAGCAUUUCGUGAGGGAUUAUUUAGGAGCGGAGAAGGUGCUCGGGACGGAGUUGGAGGUCACGGGAUCGGGCCGGGCCACGGGGUUUGUGAGGAGGCCCGGCGUGCUUGUGAGUGGCCACAAACGGGCUGCGGUGGUUAGGGAGUUUGGAGAUGAGGUGCCGGAUUUGGGACUUGGUGAUAGGGAGACUGAUCAUGACUUCAUGGACAUAUGCAAGAAGGGAUACAUGGUAGCUCGGACCAAAACAGAAGCAUUGCCAAGAAACAAGCUUCUAGCCCCGACCAUCUUCCACGAGGGGCGUCUGGUACAGCGCCCGACGCCCCUCGUGGCACUUGCCACAUUCCUAUGGAUGCCUAUCGGCAUCGCUUUAUCUCUCACAAGAGUCUACCUCAACAAAAUCCCUCUCCCCGAGAGGAUCCUCCGCUACGCCUACACGGCGCUCGGGAUCAAGCUCAUCAUCAAAGGAUCCCCUCCCCCACCCCCGCGCCCCGGCCACGGCGGCGUCCUCUUCGUGUCCAACCACCGCACCGCCCUCGACUCCGCAGUCAUCGCCGCCGCCGUUGGGAGAAAGGUCAGCUGCGUCACCUACAGCAUCAACGAAUUCUCCGCGCUCAUCUCCCCCGUCAGCGUCAAGCGGCUGCUCGAGGAGGGCGAUCUCGUCAUUUUCCCUGAGGGGACCACGUGCAGGGAGCCGUUCCUGCUGCGCUUCAGCCCGCUCUUUGCUGAGCUGAGCGACCGGAUCGUGCCGGUGGCGAUCGACGCGAGGCAGAGCGUUUUCUACGGCACGACGGCGCGUGGGUACAAGGCGCUGGACCGGUUCUUCGUGUUCAUGAACCCGAGGCCGACGUUCGAGAUCACGUUCCUGGACGAGCUGCCGCCGGAUAUGACUGUGAGGGGCGGGAAGACGGCGAUUGAGGUGGCGAAUUAUACGCAGAGGGCGGUGGGGGAAGCACUAGGGUUUGAGUGUACGGAUUUGACGAUGAAGGAUAAAUAUGUGAUGAUGGUGGGAACGGAAGACAAGAAGUAGAUUGAGCCCAAAGAAAAUUAAGUUAUAUGGGAUUGUGAUAUGAAUGGAUCCAAAAAUAGCAUCACUAUGUAUAUUAUUAUUCGUUAUUUUAAGUAAGUAAUUGAUAGUAGUACUAUUUUAGUUGGGUUGUGAAAGUAUAUUGUUGGAUAUCCUAGGAUUUUAGGAACCCAAACUUUGAUUUGUUUGUUCUUUGGUUUUUCAAUCUUUAAUUUGUACCUAAGGCAUGAAGUUAUAGAUGUGAGAUCACACAUUUUCAUUUUA